AUCGAGGAAAGAGUAUUUUUCGCUGGAGUUACCUCCAACGCAGACGUCUUUUACAAGCCGAACUGAUAUUUUCCAAACAAAAACUAUUAAUAUACUUUUUCUCUUCAUCAGUGGGGACAUCCAGCAAAGCAUUUGCGAAAGGUUAGUUAUUUAAACAAAACGAAACGGCUGAACAAAACUAGCCUGUACCCAGAUGUUGUUUUAUUUUUCUUUUCGUUCUUUUCGAAAACAUCGACGAGCGAGGACGAGCGCGGAGCGCAAGAAGGAAAAAUAAAGAAUUUUCUCCUUCCCCAACCCAACCCCUUUCGCUGGCGGUCAGUAAAUCCGCCGCGGUUUUUGUUUUUUAUCACGCGCGCUCGACGGACUUUGAAGAGAAAAUAGAGGGUCUUUGAACAGGCUAGAACAAAACGAAACAUAUUAAAGGUUUUUACUGCGGUAUCAUGCAAUCAGUGAGCAUAAAUUUAUUGUUAAACAUACCAGUUAUAGAGCGAUAGAUAUUCUAAUCUUAAAGAAGCAAAUAUAAGUCCUACUUAGACCGCGGUUUAGGACAUUCAGUGGACCUUCAGAUCUUUUCAAGUGUAGUAGGGGAACCCAACGACUGUUUUCUGUUAGAAGAUUAAGCACAAUCAUUUUUUCCGGAAAUUUCUAUAGAUAGCUCGCCGGAGAAACUGGGUUAAAAGUUCUAGAUGGAAUUCAUAUAAGUUAUUCGAAGUUUCAGUCUAUUAACCGUUCUAUAAUUUUCUGAAGGUUUAGUCAUCACUUCGUAAAAAGGCCGGACUUCUAAAAUUUUCGCCUUUGGAAACAGUAACGGAAAGGGGCAUCGCAAAAUGGUUAGUUUCCAGUAAAAAAUUAAAAUUUAAAACAUCAAAGAUUUUGGGACGCCCUAGGAUGACCGAACAGAUUAAAAGUUUACAGAGCUUUCUAGAACGCAUUUGCAAAGCUUUGAAAACAAUCUAAAAAGAUAUCCUAAAACAGUGGUUUUUGAAGAAUAUUGGAGAAAGCCGGUGAUGGGUUUAACAGAUAUCUAAUCUUUAAGAACCGAAUAAACCUAAGUUCUAUACCUAGACCACGAGAUCUUUCAUAUGUUUCUGAUGUAGGUUGUUUCAAGUAGCUCCUCCUCACUAUAUAUGCCUACAUUGAUAUACUAGUGCAAUGAUAAAUAUUUAUAUACAAGGAUUGACCGAGCCAAGCAACGUGGGCCGUCUGCAUAUUUUCAUGAAAAAUUUUAGCUCCGUUAACCGAGUGAAAUUGUUCACGUUUGCACUAAAGUAGACUCGGAAAAAUGACUAUGAUUUUUUUUUUUUGCUAUUAAGCUUUGAAAGUUCUUUUGACAGUAACUUCAUUAGAUCGGCAUGCAUGCAACAAUUCGUCCCUUCAGGCUUCGCCUCAUCAAAAAGUGGGUCUACGGGGUAACAAUUGCUGGUGUCUGGGUUUUAACUGUAAUUUUAUCAACCGCCACUUUGAUAAUCAGACAACGAUAUGGAGAAUGGUUAUAUAGUUAUUACGUAUGCAUGGCAAUCAUUCAUUUGUUUGAGUCAAUUGGUUAUCUAGUCUGUUUCUUACUCCUCCAUUGUUCUAAAAUGUAUGUGUGGAGCGGUGAAAUAACUAUAUAAUUGUAUGUGUCGAUCAAAUAGUAUAGGGCCGAUGUGUUUUUUGGGCUGAUUGACGAACAAAGUUCUAAUUAAAAAAUAUGGGGGUAGAUAUAUUAAGGGGGAAGAUGAUAAGCAAAGGAAAUUAUUCAAGGUUAGCUUACUCUUUAGUGUAAUAUUUCCCAAAACAGGUCAUGUGCAGAUAAUUUAAGACCGGAAGGUUAUUCUUCGCCGGAGUAACACUGUCCAACGCAGAUGCCUUUUACAAGCUUAACUGAUGAUUAAUUUUUCAAAUAUAGAUGCAUAUUUUUCCCAUCGCUUUAUGAGAGGAGACAUCCAGCAAAGCAUUUUGUGAAAGGUUAGUUAUUUAAAAGAAGAAAAACAAAAAAAGUUUUAACUUUGGUAUCAUACAAUUGAGUAUUUCUUUAAGAACCGGAUAUUUGACCUAAGUCCUGCUUAGGACCUUCAGAUCUUUUCAUGUGGUAGAGGCACACAAAGACUUUUUUCUGUAGAGUAUCUGUUCAAAGAAACUCAGUAUUGUCUGUAGAUUCCUAUAGCUCGAGAAAGGUUUAAAAUUCUUCGAUGAAUGUUCCAUUGUUUGUCUCUGCAGUUUUUGGAAUUCAGUCUGUUAAUGUUUCUACGAUUAACUGAAUUUGGUUUUUUACAUUUCUUUUGCCAGGUUUAGUCAUCAUUCGUAAACUUGAAGGACUACUGGAAUUUUCGGCUCAGUUUCUGAAACAAUAACGGAAAGAGGUAUCGGAAAAAGUUAAGCUUAGAAAGCGCGCAUUUUCAGAGCUAUAAGAGCACUCUUACUAAUUGAGCUAUUUGGAAAGAACUUUUAUAUAUCUAAAGCUCGUAAAACGAGCACAUUUUGCAAAUCCCUUAGCCCAUUGUUAUAUCUAGGCUCCACUGUAUAUUGCCAUAUAAGCUGCUGUCGAGCUCACUAUAGACGUCAGGCCUAAUUUCCUUCGUUAAGUCGUAAAGGUUUUAUUAAUUUGGCGGAAGAACUUGUUACGACCCGUAUUGGAGUUACAAGACAAAAAACAUUGAAGAUUGAGUUUCAAAAUAAAUGGUGGCAAAGUCAUUUGACACAAGCUACGUCACAUAAGAAAUAUUUAUGGAGCUAACAUGACAAGCAGUUCGGUCGACUUUGAAAUUGAUAGAAGAUAACUGACAAUGCAAUCGACUUUUUCCGUUCUCACAUGGAUAAUUGAUUGUCUUAAAAGGGUUAGCUGAAAUGGUCAGUCAUUCUUAUACUCAGGUGAACAAGCGCCGGCGUCUGUUAGUUAAUUAUUCAGCUGAAAACUAUAUAUCAAACAUUAAUUUUAUAUUAUCGCCCUCAGUUUUUAGUGAACUGAUUGUAGUGUCUCCUCAAACCCCUUUGAUAUUUUCUUCCAUAGGACAAAGCAAGGCUUUACACUUCAACUUUUCUGACACCAACCGAAAAACUUUUAGUUAAGGUGAGCAUUUUUGCAUAGUUUUAUCAGACAAUUACAGAUCAAAUAAUGUUUUAACGGGGCUUUAAUUAUAUACAAGUUAAAAAAAUACAAUUUAAAGAAACGGUUCGUGUUCGUUUAGUGCUCGAAUGAUAGACCGCGCGGCGAUAUAAUCAUUGCGACUGCCAGUCAAGUAGGGUCCAUUUAAUGUGGACUGAUUGAAAGAGGAAGUUCAAUUUAACAACUGAAUGUUUAAUUCAAAACCUUUUUUUAAGGCGGUACGUAUAUUAAGCGGAAAAAUGAUAAGCAAAGGCAAUUAUCUUAAGUGCAACAUUUCCCCAAACAGGUGUUCAGAUAAUUUAAGACCGUAUUAAUCAAGCCGGACGUUAUAUUCUUCGCCGGAGUAACAUCCAACGCAGACGCCUUUUUUGACAAGCCUAACUGAUAUUUUGCAAACUCGUUUUCCGCUUCGUCAGUGGAGGCAUCCAGCAAAGAAUUUUGUGAAAGGUUAGUUAAACAAAAGAAGAAAAGAAAAUGCAACUCCAUCGUAGAGUUGAGCAUUUAUUUAAGAACCGCAUAUUUUUAAAGCUAAGUCCUACUAAUAGACGACUGUUUAGAACAUUCAUAGGACUUUUUGAGCUUUUUUGACCUUUUCAAACAUGUGGUAGGGACCGGCGCAACGGUUGAAUUUUUUCUGACUAAAGGAGCUCUAGCAUUACAAAACAGUUAAAAAUCUUAUAGUGCUUCUUAGAAAGCAUUUGCAAAGCUUUAAAAAAAUCUAAAAAGAUAUCCUAAAAUGAUUAUCAUAGAAUUUUUGAGAAGGCCGGGGUAUGGUGUGUUGUUUCAAGCAGCGCCAUGUUUCUUUCGCUCCUCACUAUACAUGCCUAUACACAUAAAUGCUCGCAAUGUUUAAAUACCAGGAAUUAGCCAGCUGAAAGCGACUUAGGCUCUCUUCAUAUGUUCAUAUGAGAAAUUUCAGUUCCGUUAACCAAGUGAAAUUGUUUACUUAUAAAGUUAUCAAAAUAUAUGAAAAUCAUAUAUGAGAACUGCGGGGUGAAGAAUUAUAUGAAAGAAGAUCAUCGCAGUUGUAGACGCAACUUUUGCACUUGGGAAAAGAAAGCCUUUUGCAGUUACGUAUAUAACUGCGAUGAUCUUAGUUCUUUCAUAUAAUUGUUUAUAUAUAGUUUGCAUCAACGUAGAAAAAAUGUUAUUUCUGACGAAUGAGCCCGCGAAGAAGGCAGAAAUAAAUAUUUUGACGGCACGAGAUACAACAGGGCCUGGGUACUAGGCCGGGUGCACCAUGGGUAGCCAUAUCGGGGGUAUAUAAGGCUGCGUAUAUCACGUGUUCGUCAUCUAGGCUUACGAACCAACCUCUCCUUGGUUUUUCUUAACGUUCUUAUUGGCUCUUUCUUGCGUUAUAUCCGUCAGCAAAGACGACGUGUCCGAUCUCAUUGAGGAGAAUAACAAACAGUUAAUGGACUCGUUUAAAGUUUUGCUAACAGAAACCGUUGGUCAAAUCAAGCGCGCUAAUGAAUAUUUGGCCGAGCAGCAGAUGAAGGAAAUUAAGAAACUAAAGUAUAACGAACCACGUAAGUUGAAGAAGAAGGCCAACGAAAACCGGUUUUAAAGGAUCCACAGUGCAGAAUUUUGCGGCCGUGUAGCGUACUAGGCCCGUAAGAAGAAUAAGACCACUCAAAAACAGAUCCUCGCCAGUGGGAACGCCGGCGUCCACCUCAACUUCACAUAUGUAACCCCAGCCUCAUGUCAAACGUUCCUGUUUUAAUUUUCGCCUUCUCGACGACCCAGUGUCGGGACCUGUUUUGCCCGUGGAAAGCGUUCCUGUUACCCGACGAUGGACAAGCCAAACAUCCCAAACUCCCAAAUGGCUAGAUGAAGGACAACAAUCAGGUGCAGUCUAUUCUAAUUUAGUACUGAAUUUUUUAGGCGGCAAGCCGUAAUAUGGAUCAGGAUUGUCUCGAUAUUAUACCAGUUUCUUCUGACGUUCACCCCGCUAGUUUUAGGCGCGGUUUAGAGCUCUGAGUGUACCGUUGAUAUUUCUAUUCUGCCUUCAGUUUGGGGAAGAUUUUUCACAGUUAUCUAUUUCUGGCAUACUUUGCUAGUUUCUCUGUUCAUUUUGAAUGUUUUUAGUCUUAGUUACAAAUUCCCUUCUUCCAGCUUUUUAUGUUUUUUUACAAAUCCUACAAUGCCUCUGCACGUGUUUACAGUUCUUUUUGUCCGUAGCUGUUAAUGAGCUUCCCAGCCUCAACCUCCUUUUAAAAAUUUUUGCAUUCUAAUAUCAUUUACCCGCUUUCUGUUUGACGCGCCGCUCCGGCUAACAAAGGUUAAUCCUGGAUUUUAGGCACGUUUGCACUUUUUUCUUCAAACAGAAAUUCAAGUGCGAAGACUUGUCCAUGGCCACUUAUAUUUUUGAUAUGGGUUUUUAUUUAUUCAUAUUUUACCUCUAGUGCGGUUAUCGUAAUUUUCCCUGAUCACCAGUUUUUCCUUGCGUUCAUCUGCGAUCUCGGCACCUGGGUUUUUAGGUAUUUUCUACUUUGCGCGCUUCCCUUUGGAUUCUUGUCAGCCUCCCUCAAACCGCUUCAGAAAUCUAGAAGAAGCCAAGGUAUCCCUAUUGCCAUUUUUCUUGACAAUGGUCUAGCUAUAGGAGGAGGAGCCUAUCGCGUUCAGGCCUUAAUUUACAGUUUGCGGGCUGUCCAUGCCGAUUUGCUUUAGUCUCGCUUUGUUCGAAUUCCUAUGAGGAAAAGUCCCUGUGGGAGCCCGUUCGAAUUUUCUAGUGGCUUCGCGUUCAUCUCAACAUAACACUCUGGAUGGAAGUAUUAGAGCCACGGAUGAACGCAUUGCUAAAUUGUCUCGCGACCUGGCGGCUUUGUCUUCAUAUUAGUCGUCCACCACAGUCCACGUUCUACGCGUCCCGUGUGUAGCCGCCCAUUGUAUUUCCGUCUCGGGUAGCGUGGGAUCCGUCGCGUGCAUUAUGGCCCGAUUGCUUUUCUCAGUUGUUUACUCAGCUGUUUCCUGGGAUAGCUAGGUUUUCCUGUCCGUUGAUUCUUUGUAUGAAAUUGAAUUUUGGUCGAAUUAUGUUAGCCUCUCUACGGCAAAAUUUAUCGAGGGGUUCCAGUUCGCUUCCAGUGAGAGUAAGCUCCGGCUUCUCCGAUGCUUCCGAUUCAGCCUGCGGCGUUUAAGUGGAGUCUGAACCUGAGUUGAUUUUUCAUCAGAAUUGGUCGGAAAGUGUUCGUAGAUCGACUUGAAGAGAGCUCAAAGCGGUUUGUCUUGCCUUACUAGCCUUCGCGAGCCCUUCAUCUAAUUCCAAGGUUUUUUGGUAUUCUGACAACCAGAACGUCGAAUCCAUUCUCCGCGACGGCAGCAGGAAAUGCGAUCUCAAAGAAUUUAGCCCUAGUUGCUUUUCAAAUUUGCUCCCGUCAUUGUAUUUCGCUCGAGGUCAAGUGGAUCCCUAGGGACCUGAACGCUAGUGCGGUCUGUAUCUGCAAGCUCGUUGACUUCGAUGGUUACGGCCUCAACGAUUUUGUUUUGCUAGGGCUAAAUCACCUCUUAGGUCCUUACAUUAUUGACAGGUUCGCCUGUAGUUACAACGGCGAGUUGCCUUGGCUUAACUCUCUAUUUUUUCAGCCAGGCUGUUAGGCUGUUUAUGCCUUCGCUCAAAAUUGGGGAUAGGACAACAACUGGCUUGGCCCACCUGUUUGCCUCAUUGUCAGAGUCAUGUAUAUCAGGCACAUUGGGCUCUGCGCGCUCACGGGAGCCCUUAUUCCUCACGUAUGGAAGUCAGCUAUUUUCUGAAAUGUUUCUACUAAAGAUGGAGUGCAUUGGAAUAGUUUUGUUGUGGACUGGGUUUUAUUGCUUAAGUUCCAGGGAUUAUUUGUUCCAGGGAAGGUCCGUAAUUCCCUUUUCAGAACCAGGCCUUUAUUUUUUGGCGUCAUAGCGCUUCGAGUUUGUUUUCGGCGCCCCCACCUCCCUCGUCCCUGGCGGGCUUCUGCUCUACGCCGCCUGACGGAAAGUGUUGCCUGUGCCUCUACACGCGUGUUAUGCGUACCUUUAGGUUUGGACCCAUUAGGUUUUUGCAUGUAGCCUUUUGCCCCCCACUUCCCUUUUCCGGUGUUUUUUCUUUUUUAUUGCGUGAUCCUCACAUUUUCUUUUGUAUUUUCGAUUACUUUUCAGAUAUAUUCCGCUCUGGUUUCUAGCGCGGGCCCCAGAAUUUCCCACCAGAGGGUUGAACCCUGAGGCUGACAGACAGUCUACAAUGCAAUCGACGGUUCUCUCCUCAAAGGCAGUUAGUACGACAGCGGUGUACCUUCGUGCUUCUCGCAAGUAAAAAUGUUUUGCUGCCAGUAAGCUUCAUUCCUGGGCCUGUCCUGCCAGUCCCUGCCAUGUUGCCUUGUAUUUGCAACACCUCAUUGAAGAGUCGCACUCCCCGUGCGUCGUAGACUCGGAUGUUUAUGGUAUUAAAUGGGUUCAUACCAUGGCGGGUUUCCCCUCUCCCAGGGAUAACUCGAUUAUUGAAGGGCUAGGUGUGUUUUCAAAACGAUUUUAGGUUUGAUGAGGUCUCCAUAAUUAGGGGUAUUAUAUUUUCUUUCAUGAGGGUUUCAUGAUCAUUAAGGUUCUCAAAAGCAAGAACGACCAACUUUGUAAGGACGAUGACUCGAAGUGAUUUUUUCGGAAAUGUUUGGCCCUGCUUGUCCUGUCAAGCUUCUAAAGAGGUACCUUGCUCUUUUUUCCAUCCCCUUUAGCUCCGGGGAUCUCAUUUUUGCCCCAUGUUUCGCGGGAACAACUCUUUUUAGUUAGUUUCCCAGAACGAGCCUAUACCACAAUUAGAGAGGCUUUUCGCAAGGACCUGAGAAUUGUCGGGGUUGACUCUUCCACUUUUGGUUUAUAUUCCUUGCGUUCGUGAGGGGCCACCUUCGCUGCUUAUAAUGGGGUUUGUGACAGUGUGUUUCAGUGGCUCGGCCGCUGAAAGUCCGUUCUAGCCAAGGGCGCCUACCGAUGAUGACCUAGAAAAAGGCUUUCAGUUUCCAAGUUUCUUGGGCUCUAGGAGCUUUCAUUUGUCAUUUCGCCCAAUACUUUGUCACUCUACGUACUUUGUAGGGUUGGUUCUCGCCAAGCCGUCCCAAAAUAAACUUAUUUGCCAUUACGUUUUGUCUGUUGAUGUUGUGUAGUGGAGUCAAAAUAUGUUAUUUCUGACGAAUGAGCCCGCGAAGAAGGCAGAAAUAAAUAUUUUGACGGCACGAGAUACAACAGGGCCUGGGUACUAGGCCGGGUGCACCAUGGGUAGCCAUAUCGGGGGUAUAUAAGGCUGCGUAUAUCACGUGUUCGUCAUCUAGGCUUACGAACCAACCUCUCCUUGGUUUUUCUUAAAUUUUUGUUUUAUUUAUUUUUAGGAGCAACAUAUUCUCGAUUACAUUGUAAAGUCCUGUAGGAAGGGCUUUGAGCUUGAGCCUUGGUUCCUACUUCCAGAUUUCCUGCCCGCAUUUUUUCCCUUCGGGGUUUUUUUUUGGGGCAGGUUUUUUCUGGCCUCCGUCUGACCGCAUUUACUUCAGUUUGUAAGCGGUAGCUCAGCUCUGCUAGUUUUCAGCCUUUUUCCCGUUUCUUAUUUUAUGUACUUGUACACUAGUUAUCUCAGUUUUGCACCUGCUCCUUUACUUGAUAUAUUUAGUUUCCAUGUAUGCUUAGGUCAGCUGUCCCGGAACCGCUCUUUAGGAGGCGACGUAAGUCUCGUUUGACGCAGUUAGGUUGCAGGCAAUGUUACAGACCUCUAGCCAGGGUCGUUAUUCAUUGUUUACCCUCAAUGUCCCGCCCUAGCCUUUUAUGGCAGUCUUACUGGUUAUUGGGCUACGUGCCUUGUUGGGUACAUUAGUGGAGAUAAUUCCCAGUUUUCCUGGCACUCAGCCUCUGUGCUCCUGAAGUGUUCCCGGUCCCAGUUAUACGUUGAUCACAGUUUUAUUAAAUUUCCCCGGCCUAACUGGCACUAAGCCUGCGUGCUUAUUUGGGGGAUUCAGGUCGAGAUCGACCAGUUGUAGCAGUUUUUUUCUUUUUGCUUAGCCUCUGUGCUCCUACCGUGUUCCUCGUGCCAGUUAUGCGUUGUCUGAGUUUUAUUAAUUAGUUUCUCCAGCCUAACUGGCAGCCUAACUGGCACUAAGCCUGUGUGCUUAUUUGGGGAUUCAGGUCGAGAUCGACCAGUUGUAGCAGUUUUUUUUCUUUUUCUUAGCCUCUGUGCUCCUACCGUGUUCCUCGUGCCAGUUAUGCGUUUUCUGAGUUUUAUUAAUUAGUUUCCCCAGCCUAACUGGCAGCCUAACUGGCACUAAGCCUGUGUGCUUAUUUGGGGGAUUCAGGUCGAGAUCGACCAGUUGUGAGGAGUUUUUUCUUUUUGUUUAGCCUCUGUGCUACUACCGUGUUCCGUGUGCCAGUUAUGCGUUGUCUGAGUUUUAUUAAUUAGUUUCCCCAGAAUGACUGGCAGCCUACCUGGCACUAAGCCUGCCUACUUAAAUGGGAGAUUCAGGUCAAGAGCGACCAUUUGUCGCACGAGUUUUAUCUUUUUGUGAAAGCUAGUUUACAAGUGUUGUACAUUAGGUAUUCACCAGUAUUCACCUAUUAUUGUAUUUACAUAAAUACUUUGUAGGGUUGGUUCUCGCCAAGCCGUCCCAAAAUAAACUUAUUUGCCAUUACGUUUUGUCUGUUGAUGUUGUGUAGUGGAGUCAAAAUCUAUGAUUUGAGUAUUGUUAGCAGUAGCUCUGAAAGUUCCAUGACCAUUCGCUGUUUAAAAUCAAGAGUUCCCUUUUUAUGAUAACUUUUAUAACUUACAAAACAGGAAAACACCAUUAAACUUCCUUUGUUUCAGCAGAGACGCAUGCGGAAUAAAAACUAAAUCGUUUGUGCCAGCAACCGAUACUGUCAGUCAGCGUCCUAAUGAAUCUCCCUUAGUGAUCUUUGCGGAACUAACAUCAACCUUCUUUGUUCACGUUCUUAAUGGAUUUUUUUCUCAAAUUCCUCUGAAAGGUAGACGAGUAACAGAGAGAAAAAGGGAUUAAAAGUGUGAAGCGAAAAAUAUAACAAACCAUGAUAUCAUCCUAGUGCAUCACCUGGCUCGCUGUAUUCCUUACCGUGUCUGUUGCUAUAGUAACAGUGAACCAACUAUCAAUUGUUCUUUUUAUUAAUAAAACCGCAGUCUUCGCACUCGUGCCAUGUACCUAGUUAUAAACCUGACCAUAGCUGAUAUGUUUGUAGGAGGAUUUUCUCACUUUUCUCUAUUUGUAACCUUACUCUACUUAUGAGACAUUAUGCAAUUUCCGCACUUACCCUGCAACUGACAUUAACAACUGUCCGGCUUUCUCUUCGUCUGGUUUCCUCUGACCUCUCUUACAAACAUUGCAGUAAUUUCAUUGGAUCAGAUGCAUGCAACAAUUCGUCGCUUUACAGCCCUUAGGUAUAGCCUCAUUAAAAAGUGAGUCUACGUUGUAACAAUUGCUACUCUUGUCUGGGUUUUGCCUGCAAUGUUUAUUAUACUAAUCCUUAAGAAUCGAAUGUUUAACCAAAGUCCUAUAUUUAGCACAUCUAGAACACCUUCAGUCUUUUCAUGUGGUAGCCCGGGGCACCCAACGACUGGUUUCUGUGAAACAGCUGUUCGAAGAAGCACAUAUUAUCUAGAGAUUUCUAUAGUUCGAAAAAAGUUUCAAAUUCAUAGAUGAAUGUGUCAUUCAUAUCAGUUUUUCGAAGUUUUCAGUCUAUUAACUUCUCUGAUUGAAGUUGGGAAUGGGAUUUUCACUUUUCACUUGUCUUCCCAAAUUUGGUCAUCAUUCGCAAAAAUGGACUACUUAUAAUAAAUUUUGGGCUUUAAAAUCAGUAACGGAAACAUGUACAUCGGAAAAUGUUGAGUUUUCUGUAUAUUUAAUAGAUCAAAGAUUUUCAAAAAAGUAAAGCGCUAAUAAAUUCGCAUUUCCGUUAACAUUCCAAUUUAAGUUACACGGUUAAACCUCAUUUGCUGCAAAAUAACUUCUUUGUCUUAUCCAAAUCGUUCUAUGAAAAUAACUACAUAGCGAUAAAUCAAAACAAGAUCAACUCCAUCCUUGCGACCACUGACAACUAUAAACUGAAUUUAGCUUGCGUAGCAGGUGUCGAAAGGGGUAGGGGAUAGGGAGGAAGCGAAAAGGGGAUGUGGAUUGGGGAGAAAUAGUAGCCUGUCACGCAGGCUACUAUAAAUUCAGUCAUAAGCACAUUAAACCAACCCAUACAUGUAACCGGCCGACACGACUUAAGGCCCUCAUCAGUCAUAUUUUCAUGAGAAAUUUUAGCUCCUUUAACCGAGUGAAAUUGUUCACGAAGAGUUUGCAUGAAACAUUUCAUUUUUUUCGGGUCUCACUAUGGACAUUUGAUUGUCUUUAAGAAGGGUUAACUGAAAUAAUAGUCACAUUUUCGUUUCGGUGAUCAAUUACUCCCUAUAUACCAAACAGACCUUCAAUAUUUUUGAAGAGCGAAAUAGAAAUGUUAAAAAAAGUUUUAAUGUGAUAGAUUCAAAUACAGUUUUAGCCACAGUUAGAUUGUUAGUUAACUAGUUAGUUAGUAGUACCCUUUGCAUUUUACCACGAACAUGUUUUUCUUCUGAUGUAAUAAUCUAUUUUUAGCUGUAUAUAUCUAGCCGGAUUUUUGAAAACGUUAUCGUCAAAUGGACCUUUUCCGUCCAACAGGUUCUUUCGGCCAAAAACUAUAUCCAAAGUAGGUCAUUAUAAAAACUAAGAGUGCAACCAUUGCUUUGUUUUUUCUUCUCCUCCUCUCCUGAUCUCCUCACUCUUUCUUUUUCUCCUUUCCUUUUCCUUCAUUACUGUAAUUUUGGAGACCGUUUUCGGGCUUAAGAAACCUGCCUUUUGACGCCUUUUCACUCAAAUGACUGUAAAUUUCGUUAGUCGUAAAGCGUAAGGUUUUCAAAACAUCGCUUAGAUAUAUACUUGUCUAUUAUUUUAUCAGCCGGAUGUAGAGCUAUUUUCUAUGGAAAUGCUGUAAAUAAACCACGUCCACCUUUAUUAAUAUUAUACUCACAGUGAACGAGCGCCGACGUUAAUUAGUUUUAAAUAUUCAGCUGAAACAAAAUUUAAUGCCCUCAGCUUUUAGUCAACCAAUUUAUCCUAAUCUCCCCUCAAACGUCACUGAUAUUUUUUCCACAGGUGAAAACAAGGGUUUUUACUUCAGCUUUUGUGAAGGCAAUUUGAAAUACUGUAAGUUAAAGGUGAAAUUCCUGAUUCGAGUAAUUGUUAUUCAUGUAUCUUCAUUACUGAUGUUUGAAAAUUUGAAAAACAGACGUCAGCCUUUUUUGUUCACCUCCUAUUUUUCUUUUCUAAUUAACCAAUUUGAAACUUUAUUCAAUUCAAAUUCAAUUCUUUCUAAAGGGAGACUAACAACAGAAGAGAACUGGUAAAAGUGUGAAGCGAAAAGAAGUAAAAGAACACAAGUCAUGCUGCGGGUUUCGUCAUCCGAGUGCAUCACCUGGUUUGCUGUAUCCCUUACCGUGUGUGUUGCUAUAGUAACAGUGAACCUUCUAUCAAUCAUUCUUUUUAUAAAAAAACGCAGUCUUCGCACUCGUGCCAUGUACCUAGUUAUAAGCCUGACCGUAGCUGAUAUGUUCGUAGGAGGAUGUUCUAACCUUUUUCUAUUUCUAUCCCUCUCAAACACAUGCGACAUUGUGAAAAUGCACUUAAGCCUGGAACAGUCUGGGAUAUCUAUUUUUCUCUUCCACUGGUUUCCUCUGACCUCUCUAACAAACAUUGCAGUCAUUUCAUUUGAUCGGAUGCAUGCAACAAUUCGUCCCUUCAGGCAUCGCCUCAUCAAAAAGUGGGUCUACGGGGUAACAAUUGCUGGUGUCUGGGUUUUAGCUGCAAUGUUAUCAACUGCCAUUUCAAUAAUUACACUACGACGUGUAGAAUUGUUAUAUAGGGUUUAUGUAAGGCAGUCAUACUGUUAUUUGUGUCUAUUUGUUAUCUGUGUUUCUUACUCUUCCAUUGUUGUUAAAUUUUUGUGUGGAGCGCAUCCUCAGCACCAUGGUGCAGCCAACAGACAAAAGAAACUGACCGUAACAUUAUUUAUAAUGACUAUCGUAUCCUUACUGAUGUGGCUACCAUCUUUGGUUUUUAAUUUUCUUUUUGCUCAAUCGCGUUUGAAAUUGCUUUCUGAACAGGAAAUGUUUCGUUUGGAUUUUUCUUUAGUUAUUCUAUUUAUGAUGAACUCGCUAGUUAAUCCCAUCGUUUACACAAUCAGAAUUCCAGAGUUUAGAAAAGCUCUCCUGGUAUUAUUUAAACGUCAACGAAGACAA